CAUGGAGAGAAUCGGCAGCAGCGGUGACGGUCACGUGACGGAGUCUGCUGCUGGCUGAGUGAAGCGUGUUAGCAGAUUUUUCUGUUUUGUACAUACAUUGUUUUGUAUAUACUGUAUAUGAUGACCUCUGUGGGCAUCGAACGAGCCCGGGACACUCGGGACAAAGCGCUGCCCACUACCACACAGACCACACAGCCACAGAAACAGCUUCAGGCUACAGCUGAACAGAUCCGGCUGGCUCAGAUGAUCUAUGACAAGAACGAUGCAGAUUUUGAGGAUAAAGUGAUGCAGCUCAUAGAGGUCACAGGGAAGAACCAAGACGAUUGCAUGGUUGCUCUCCAUGACUGCAACGAGGAUGUCAACAGAGCCAUCAACUUCCUGCUUGAGGGAACCUCUGAUGCAACCUCUUGGGAAACUGUGGGGAAAAAGAAGAGUCUUGGGAAGGAUGGAACCUCCACUGAGAGUAAGGAGAACAAGGAGAACAGGGAGAAGAAAGAGAGGGAAAGCAGCAGGGGUCGUGGAGGAGCGAGUCGCCGUGGCAGAGGGACCAGUCGCAACAGGCCAGCAAGGACAGAGGAGAACGGUGUGGAGCCUGCUCCUGUUGAGAGAGGUGCUGACCGUGGCCGCAGGGGAAGAGGCAGAGUGUCUGGAGGUAGAGGCAGAGGUCGGGCUCCAGUUACCAGCAGGUUUACAGCACAGGGGAUGGGGACCUUUAACCCUGCAGACUACACCACAGACAGUGGUACAUCAAACUCGCACGCUGAUGUCUGGGAGACAGGGGCCAAUGACACUACAGAUGGGACAGGUGAGAGACUCGCCUCUGUUGCACAGAACUUUUCACGAUCCUUUGGCCCAGUCUCAUCUCUCUUUCUCUCUUUGACACAUUCAGUGCCAUGGCAGAAUACUCUGGACGAGUGGGCAGCUGAAGACUGGAGUGAAGAUCUCUCUGAGACCAAAGUGUUCACGUCCUCUUGUGCACCUCCAACUGAGAACCACAUCACACCUGGCCAGAGUCUGGAUCUGUCAUCGCUGCUGCAGAAGCCUGUGGAUCGAGAAGAGGCGGAGGGUCUGAAGGCCGUGGGCUCCUCUCAGGGGCUCGGCCACAGUCUGGUCUUCACCAACUCCCACCACCAGCCUGCUCGAAACGGAGGCACAUCUUCUGGCCCCAACAGCUACACACAUGCCACUCUGUCCUCUGUUUUGGGUUCUGGUUUUGGGGAGCUGGGUGGUCCAAAACUCGGGCAGACGGCCGGGCAGCAAAUACUGGAACAGCUGAAGGGGCCUGGUCUUGGGCAGCUUACCUCCCCACCCUCUAGCACAGGGACCAACUGCACCCCUGUAGGGGGGCUGGUGGGGACUGGGAUUUCGGUGCCCUCCUCUUCUUGGGACAUAAAACCUCCUGGAACACAGAGCUCUGCUUCACUCUCGUCCCAAUUCAGUCGGGAGUUUCAGAUGCAGCCAGAGCCAUCUUUGGUGCUAAGCCAACUUUCCCAGCGACAGCAGGGCUCCCUGACCCACACGGGGCCUCUAGCCAGGCAGCCCAGCCCUCCCCCACUGAGUGCUCCUUCGCCUGCCUCGGGAACACUGGAAGCCUUUCCGAAAGCGCCGGAACCAUCACAGCACCGUGAUGGGCCCUCAAUGGCCCCCUCACAGGCUGCCGAGUCUCAGGGGAGCAGUACACAGCAGCGGCAGAUAAAAACCCAAAAGCGACGGAUACCUCCCACUUCCAAGAUUCCUGCAUCAGCGGUAGAGAUGCCCGGGUCAGCAGAUGUGUCUGGUCUAAAUGUGCAGUUUGGUGCCCUGGACUUUGGUUCAGAAUCUGCCCUGCCAGACUUCGGCCAGUCAGAGAACUGCAACAGUGAACCCAUAAGGGAGGCUGCAGUGGUUCCUCAGUCACAGAGCAGCCUUUACUCUAAACCAAUCAGUGAAUCUCUGACCAGUCCGGUCCCUUUGCUGCUGCCUCUGGCCUCUUCUGACAGCAUCUACCCCUCUCCCUCAGUACCUCUCCCCAGCCUCGCUCCCUCCCACACCACCCCCAGCUCGGUGACAGCCCCCUCGUCCUCCUUAUCUUCCUCUUCCUCCUCCGCUGCAUCAUCGGCGGGUAACAGCUUUGACUGCGGUGUGGCCCCUCACUCAAGACUGACCUUUUCUCAGAGCAAGGAGCUUUCUGGACCUGUGACGAACGGUUUCAAUGGUGCGAGGACCUCUGCUGCUUUAGACACCACAUCGAGUUCCUCCACUCCAAAACAAGAGUCUCCUUCUCUGGUCAGCAGCACAAGUGUUGCCCCCUCCGCCCCAUCCUCACUGUUGCCCCCUUCCGUUACACCACACAGCUCUGUUCUGCCCAGCCUGGCAUCUGAGCUGUCCUCUGCCAGCUUACCUCCCCUCAGCAGUCAUGUGAGCAGUGGCCAUCCCUCUGUGUCGGCACUUUGCACCACAUCUUCACUCACAUAUACAAGUGUGGACAGCGUGAACUCUCUCGCCCCCUCAUCGAUGGCAUUUUCCUCCCAGCCUGUGUCCGCUCUGUCCAGCGGCAGCGUGAACAAUGCUACGAGUGGCGGCAACAGUCUGCACGGGUCUGGAAUUUUGGGUCAUGGCACCAAUGGUAGCGCACUUUCCGGUAUCAGGGCUGCCCCGCUACUGUCUUCCUCCAGUGGUAAAGCUCCUCCUAAUCUCUCUCAGGGGGUUCCUCCGCUGCUGCCUAACCAGUACAUCAUGGGACCCGGAGGUCUGUUGCCUGCCUACCCGCAGAUUUAUGGCUAUGAAGACCUCCACAUGCUCCAAUCCAGACUACCAAUGGAUUAUUAUGGAAUCACAUUCCCAGGGCCGACUGCUACGCUGUCUGGCAGAGAUGGAAGCCUCGCCAACAACCCUUACUCAGGUGACAUCACAAAGUUUGGCCGAGGUGAAUCCGCCUCACCAGCACCCUCUGCCAGCCUGUCUGCUGCUCACGGCCCACAGACGGCACAGCCUCCGCAGGCUCAGAGCCAAGGACAGAACCAGCCCCAGCCGCAGGGCCACCACAACACCCAACAGACCUUUCUAAACCCAGCCCUCCCCCCUGGAUACAGCUAUACAGGCCUUCCCUACUACCCCGGGGUGCCUGGCGUGCCCAGCGCAUUCCAGUAUGGCCCCACCAUGUUCGUGCCCCCUAACUCGGCCAAGCAGCAUGGGAUGGGUCUGAGCAACCCCACCACGCCAUUCCAGCAGCCCAGCGGCUACGGCCAGCACGCCUUCAGCUCAGGGUAUGAUGACCUGACGCAAGGCCCAGCAGGAACCGAGUACAGCAAAGGCUAUAGUAACUCGUCUCAAACACAGGCCAAAUCUGCUGCCUCUGGCCCAGGGAAAGUUGUCUCUGUGACAUCUAGCAAUUCUGGGGUGCCAGACAUCAGUGGAACUGUUUACAAUAAAACACAGCCGUUUGAUAAGCAGGGUUUCCAUGCUGGCACACCUCCUCCUUUCAACCUCCCCUCGGCUCUGGGCGGCACGGGACCUUUGACCCCUGGGGCUGCCCCUGGUUAUCCUGCUCCAUUCCUUCACAUUCUGCCGGCACACCAGCAGCCCCACUCACAGCUGCUCCAUCAUCACCUCACCCAGGACGGACAGGGUGGGCCAAACCAGAGAAGCCAGUCUAGCGUCAUGCAGCAGAAGACCCAGGUCAACAAGUCCAACUAUGGCAGCUCUCCCUACUGGGGCAACUGAGCAUAGUCCAGGUGCCGUCCCGCACCCAACGACACGCCGAUCAGAGCAGAGGGACGCCCGUACACUACCAUCAUCCUCAUCCUCCUACAUUCUCAUUUCCCCUUUUCAAAGUUUUGGCUGUUGUAUGUAAAGUAUAUUUAUGUAUGUAUUUAUACAGUAUAUAUGUAUUGGUAGAAUAUAAAAUGUGGUUUUUCUGCAUUUUGUUUUUGAAGGAAUUUUUUUUUUUCAUUGCUAACUGGCUAAGAGGAUAUGAUGACAGAAGUGAUGAGAGCAUAACAGAAGAGUUAAUAUACUUGAAGCAGAGCAGGCAUCAUGAUUUAAAACAUGGGAGUUUUUAUUUGUAUACAUACCCCUGAUAAUGUAUGUACAUUACUGCUAAGCUUGAUCACUUGAUGGUGAAGCCUUUUUUUAACUUUUGUAUUUUGCUCCUCUCCCACCCCCCCUUCACCUGUGAACUUUUUUUCUAUCGAGGGGGAUUUUUAAUUUCAGUUCUUAAUUUUGGUCCCUCUGCCCUUCAUUUGUGAAAUCCCUCCCACCCACCAAAUUGGCUAAAUGGUAGCAUUUUAGACCAGAUUUCAUUUUAACAUUGGUUUUACCCUUGUUGUCAAAAUAAAACUGUCCAGUUUACUCA